CAACGGGCCCUGGCACCGCGUCCCUCUCAGUCCCCGGCGAGCCAACCUCGUCGCCGGUCCGGUCAUCUCAGUUCGCAGUGGCGAGCGAUCCGUCCCUCCCACUCCUUUAGCGCGUAGUCAACGAGGACUCGUGCCGCCGCCGAGGGAUAGGCAGCCCCGCGGGAGGACGCGUGGCACCAGGCUCGCUGCCCAUGCGCGCCCCACCCGCCGCCGCUGGCUUCAACUCGCCGUGGACGCUCGCCGUCCGCGCCGCGGCGGACCAGGGCCGGCCCCGCCACGCCGUGGCGCUCUACCUCUCGUCGCUGCGCGCGUCGCACCGCCCCUGCCCCUUCGCCCUCGCCGCCGUCCUCAAGUCCGUGCCCCGCCUCCCGGCCCACGCCGCGCUCCCCGCGGCCGCCUCCCUCCACGCGCACCUCCUCCGCCUCGGCCUCCUCUCCCACCCCUACCCGCACGCCGCGCUCGCCCACCUCUACUCCCGCCUCCUUCCCCCGCACCACCACGCUGCGCGGGACCUGCUCGAUGGCACGCCCGCGCUGCGCCGCCACUCCCUUCUCGUCUCGUCCAACUCGCUCCUCGCCUCCCGCCUCCGUGCGGGGGACAUCCCCGCCGCGCGCGCCCUGUUCGAUACGAUGCCCGCGCGGGACGUCGUGUCGUGGAACUCCAUGGUUGCCGGCCUCGCCAAGGCCGGCCACCUCGACGAGGCCAUCGAGCUGUUCGAUCAAAUGACCGAGAGGAACGCCGCGUCCUGGAACUCCCUGGUAUGCGGGUUCAUUGCACAGGGCCAGCUAGCCCGAGCGAGGGAACUGUUCGAGCGGAUGCCAAUCAGGAACAAUGUCUCCUGGAUCACGAUGAUCUCAGGGUAUGCCAAGGCCGGGGACGUCCAAGCUGCUGCUGACCUGUUCGAGAGGAUGGAAAGCAAGGACCUUUAUGCCUGGAACGCGAUGAUCGCAUGCUAUGCGCAGAAUGGCUGCGCCCGGGAGGCGCUUGGUAUUUUUAACCAGAUGCUGAAGCCACAUGUUUGGGUGCUGCCCAAUGAGAAGACUUUCUCAUCUGUGAUAUCUGCUUGCUCGCAGCUGGGGGACUUGAGGUUCGGCCUCUGGGUCGAGAGUUUCAUGGGGUCUGUGGGUGUUGAGCUGGAUGAUCACCUGCGCACUGCUCUUGUUGAUUUGUACACCAAGAGCGGGCGGAUGGAUAGGGCUUUCGACUUGUUCAGAGGCUUGCGGACAAGAGACCUGGUAUCUUACAGCGCAAUGAUAGUGGGCUGUGGCAUGCAUGGCAAGUUAAGUGAAGCUGUUGGCUUGUUCAAGGAAAUGUCUGAUGCAAAUAUCAAUCCUAAUGCGGUGACCUUUGUUGGGUUGUUGUCUGCAUACAGUCAUGCGGGACUGAUGGAAGAAGCCCGUGCUUGCUUCGCUUCCAUGUCAACCAAAUAUAGGAUUGAUCCCUCAGUGGAGCACUACACCAUUAUGGUAGAUCUUCUUGGGCGUAGUGGAAAGCUGGACGAAGCGUUCCAGCUGAUCAUGCAGAUGCCAAUGCGGCCACAUGCUAGUGUUUGGGGUGCCUUGCUUCUUGCUUGCAGGUUGCACAACAACGUUGAGCUUGGGGAGGUUGUUGCUUCAAAGUGCUUUGAACUGGAGCCUAAAGAGACUGGAUAUUACAUUCUUCUGGGUAACAUUUAUGCACAAGCAAAAAAGUGGGAAAAGGUUAAGAGAUUAAGGAAGAUAAUGGCGGAAAGAGGUUUGAGUAAGGUGCCUGGGAGUAGCUGGCUGCAUGUUGCGUAAAUCAAUUCUAUAGGUCUCACUCAUUUCACUUUCGAUCAUAGCUGAUAAAUCAACAUACAACUCAGAUUUUUUGGCAACAGAAUUUGAGAAGAUGGGGAGUCAAUGACAUGAGUUAUUUAGUUUCUCAUCUUCACAUAAUUUCCAUUCUUCAUGCUUCGCAACCUCUCUAUGUGGUUUCAGAGAAAAUUGGAUUCAGCUGUUCUUUUUGCUAUCUCACUGCAGCAUUAGAGCAUGUGUAAUGGCAUACAGCAUCUUCAAUCCUUGCCACCUUUGGAUUUCAUUAUGUGGAGAAGAGAGGAAGAUAAUGGAGAUUUGGGCUCAACAAUAUAGGAAAAAGAACAUGAGUUUGUCUUGGUCCAUGUUUUGAUGAGAGGAGUGCUGAAGGGGCUCAAGUUGAGAAGCUAUGACUACCUCUUACGUUGUCUCUAGAUGAUAUGGAUGCUCCAUUGGAGAUGCCUUAUGUCACCUGGCCACCUUGGAACAUUCAGGCAUUCCUCAGGAAAUCCAUAAUGGCUCUGUUGCCAUCAACGUUUUCUCAAGUAUAUGUGUAUAUUAGUUACACAUGGCCUUACGCCUUCUGAUUGAUGUUAACUGUUGUGCAUUAAUGGAGUAAUGUCUUAUGCCUUCGAUAAUUGAUGCAAAUUGCUGUCCACAAGGCUGCCCAUGGGAAAAUGGUGGAUACUGUGGAGAAAAGCUUGUUGACAUGCAGAAAGGCGGCUAUUGUCAAAAUCAAGUAUUAGGGAUCACAGUUGAAGAAAGUAUUUGCUGCAAAGCUUUUAGCCAUGACAUUUGCCUCUCCAUUCAGCUGCACUGAAAAGUGUACAUACCACUAUCAGCAGUAGUACCUGACUGGUUGAAAGCAGGUGCAGGGGCCAUUACAAAAAGGAUCACUGGAGCGACACUUUCUCAACUAGUGAAUAUGCUUGUAUCAUCAGUACCCUUAGAAGAUGCGCUUGUGGCUCCUCAUUCGCCUCUUGAUUUAUAUUCUGGACUCUGCAGUGAAGCUACUGGAUCAAUUUUGUAAAUCUUUCGACCUUGCUAGAUGUAUUUCAUUCUGUCCUUUGGGACAGCUGUUUGUAGCGUACAGUGCGGUGACAGUUUAUGUUGACCUUACGGAUGAUAGAAUCAAUCAAACAUUCGGCAAAUCAUUCUGCCUGGCUGAACGCUUUGAUCUGUUGCCCUGACGUUUGUCAUGUUGAAUGAUAUGGUGACUGAAUGACGGGUGAUGCUUUUA